ACAACUUAUUUCCUGUCUCAAUCAUAGCAUCACAACAUUCAGAUAUUGAAGAAGGCCCUUUUGAAUUGCGAGGUGAACAUUUGGACAGAAGGAUUAAAUCUUCCCAUUCUCGGAGAAACCCUUCCUCAUCUGUCAGGUGACUCCUUUCCAGUUUGGAUGUUCAGCUGAAGUCAUGGAAUUUGCUUACAGCCACAUUGUGUACAAUUCGCAAAACAUACCUUCCCCAAAUCCCAGAAACAGAGAACGCGAACACAGGCAUGAUAGAUCAGCUUCUGUUCCAGAUCUUGUUGAAAAUCAAACAUAUUCAAGCACAUGCUUCAGACCUCUAUCAUUACCAGCCAAUCACAGUUUUCAUCAAUAUGACAACCGAUUCCUGAAAUCAUCUGGAGAUGAGGAUAACUGCGUAUAUGCGACUGUUCCAAAAUCUUCACAUGGGAACCGAGCAAAACGUCCAAUACCUCCUGCCAGAAGCAAAAAAUCAACACCAAUGGAUGAGGAAGACAACCAGGCUCCACCUCUGCCUCCACGUCUUAAUUCUUUCACCACACACCAGCUCUCUGCAACGCUGCCAUGUUCACUAAACCCACCCCAACGGGUCCCGCCACCAAGGCCCAAACGAACUUUUCCAGCCCCUAAGAAUGCUGGUUCUCAACCAAGUAAGAAAGCCAAUGUGAACGUGGUCUCUGUUAACCUGGGAAAAUUGGUAGACGUCAGUAAUUUGCAAACCCAGUCUGUGAAAGCCAUCUACUGCCAAAGAUGUUCAGCAGCUUUGUCCAGUAUUAGUCGGAUUCACCAGAAAUAUGCAGAUAUUAUAUGGCCUUGCGAAUUCUGUAGUAAGCAAAAUGUGAUCUCUCGAUCCUUCAGUACAAUACCCAACAGUCAAGAUGUCAUAUAUCUCUCAGAGUCUGCCAGUGAAGAUUACAUAAAUGUGGACGACUCCUUGGUUGUUUUCUGCAUUGAUGUCUCUGGAAGCAUGUGUGCAACCAAUGAGAUUGAAGUUUCUGAUGACAGUUCCAGAACAGUUCAUGUAUCAAGAUUGCAGAGUGUUCAAGAAGCCAUCUUGAGAUCUUUGAGUCUCAUGACUCAGACCUGCCCUCAAAAGCGAGUCGCCUUGGUUACGUUUAAUGAUGAGGUAACAGUCUAUGGAGAUGGUCUGGGUGAGCCUAUAAGACUGAGUGAUUAUCAGCUAUUGGAUUCUGACUAUCUGAAGGAAAGAGGGAGAGAGUUUUCUGCCCCACGAUGCAUUGCAGAAAGUCUACAGGCACUAAAUUAUAGGAUCCAUGAAAUGCGAGAGCAAGGAGCAACUGCCCUCGGACCAGCUGCGUUGAUAUCAGUAUCAAUAGCAUCAAAGAAACCUGGGUCAAAAGUAAUCAUCUGCACAGAUGGGAGGGCAAAUACAGGCCUAGGAUACUUGGAGAGUGUGGAGGAAGAUAUCUACGAGUGUUCCAGACAGUUUUACACUGAUGUAGGAGAGCAAGCCACUUUAAAUGGGGUGAUUGUAUCGGUUCUGACAAUAGAAGGCACGGACUGUCGACUGGCAGAACUCGGCAAACUGGCAGAUCGGUCAGGAGGAAGGAUUAAUAUUGUUGAUCCAACUAAUUUAUCAAAAGAGAUUCAGGCCACUUUGGAAGAUGAUGUAAUUGCCACCAAUGCAACUGUCACCUUUGUGGUCCCUGAACAGAUGUAUUUUGGAUAUGAGGAAGAAACAGGGAACAAGUAUGUCAAGCAAAUUGGAAAUGUGACUAAAGAUACAGAACUGACAUUUGAAUUUGGAAUAAAGGAAGGUCAUGUUCAAGCUGUCCAGGCGAUCGAGAAGUUGCCUUUUCAGCUACAAGUCAGCUUCACCACUCAGGAUAACAGACAGGCCUGUCGAGUCAUCAGUCAGGAGAGACAUAUCACAAGCAACAGCUCCUUGGUUGAGGACAAUGUGAACAUAACUGUAUUGGGAAUACAUGCAGCACAACUUAGUGGUCGAUUGACAAUGGAGGGUAAAGUAAAAGAAGCCCGUAGGGAGGUGGAAGCACAGAAAGAGCUCAUCCAAAAGAUUGUUGAAAAAAAACAGAACCAAAAGGAGGAAGACAUUUAUCAGAACUGGCUGUGUUCUGUGGCAGUUGUGUGUGAAGACCUGACAAACCCUCAGCAGGUGGAAAGCAUAGCACAAGGAAAGAACGUAACAGAAAACAGUGAUUCUGUUUUUAAGGUUUUAUCCGAUGAGGUCGCAAACAUGGUUUAUCGCCUGAAAAAUGCAAAGAGCAAAAUGCUGAAGAAGCCAGUGUCUAAACCAAAAUCUACUCUGGUACCAAUGCUUUGAAUAUAAAUUGUGGGAGAUCACCUAAAAAUUUGUAAUGUAAACUAUGCAAUCUUUUCAUUCAUUUGUAUUUUACCAAAU